AUGUUGUCAUAUAUGGUGCCUGUGGAUGAGAAACCUCCGCCAGUGCCUGGUAAGGGCCGAAUGGCGUUGGAGUUGGCUGGGAGCCCCGGAAGCCCAGAGUCUACAGCAAAAAAGCGAACAAACAUUUCGAAGGAAUCGUCUUCGAGCUCGUUCACGAGUGACCUCACAGUUUCCUCGUCUACUCCGUCGGGAGUACUGGACAAACCGAAACAUAAACUACUCAAUAAUGGCAGUAAACACACAUCCUUAAAGAGGUAA